GAAAAUGUUCAUUAAUUAUAAUCCACAUUACAAUUCACAUUUCAUGUUACUGUAGGAUUAUUUUCCUGCAGUGUGGAACUGGUUCAAAUUAAGAUACUGCUUAGAUGAGAUGAGGGAUUAUCAUGGCAGAUUGAGUCAGAUGGCUAUGACUCCCCUGGAAAUGAAGAAGUUGCCGUCUCGACAAUCAAGACACAUGAAAGUAAAAUGGGGAAGAGGACAGGAGGACGAGCAAUUCGGUGGUUUGAUGACAUCCGUUAGCGAUCCAUUGUCUAACACAAUGCUUUUUUUCUUUUUGGUUUUAAGUUACUGGACUCACCUAUAGCGUCAGUGUACUGCCAACCUCAGCACACCGUUGGUACACUUUGACAAUAUGUACUUCUGGUCUCAAGAGUAUUUACUCUUUGUGAUGUCAGUAGCUACAAUAGGUACCUUCAACACUGUUGGUUACUAUCUGGUAAGAUCUUUGCCAAAUUAAAAAAAUAAACCCAAAUAAGCGUGUCACUAUUAAUGCUAUUUUUGUGUAAUUACCAUGUAAAAUGCUAAGUGAAUAACUGCUACUCUAAAUGGGAUGUUGUGGAUAGUUUUCAGGUUUUAUGUUGUUGGUGUAACCUUUCACUACUGGUCUUGCUCUCUAUUUGCUCAGACUCUCCCUAGCCUUUAUUAUCCUCAUUCUAUAGCUUCUCUUCUCUUUCCACCGGUCUGUCUGUUUUAUUCACUCUAUCUUUAUCCCUCAUUCUCUAGCAGCAGCCCCCCCCUCAUCAACCCCCUCUCUCGUUCUCUCUCCCUCCUUCCAUAUCUCACCCCCUCUGUCUCUGUCUCUCUGUCUCCAGUCAGACCUCUAGCCUCACUGAACCAGGUCUUGGCGGUAUGAUAAUGUGGAAAGUUGAACUGGCCCCAUUACAGCUUGGCUGAUGGCAGUGCCGAUAAGGCUGUUGAUAAUGGGUGCAGAUAGCGCUGACACAGCGGUCCAAUAGCCAGCCCUCUCUCCCCCAUUAUCAUUCCUGCCCACCGAUGGGCUCCCAGAGCGCUAUCUGCUCUCCAUUUCCACUCCUGCGACAGAUAAGAAUGGAAAUACUGACUUCAUAGCUGACUGAUUAAAGUGUCUGCCUUUCUUGAUAAUACACAGAUAAAUUAUGUUUUUUUUUCUCUCUCCUCCCUCUUUCUAUCUCUCUCUCCCCCCUCUCUCUUUCACCCUCUAUCUAGAAAGGGUAGGGUGCGUCAGGGAGAAAAACCUCUCCCCUUUAAUUUCUCUCUCUUUGUAGGCCUUUUUGAGAGGGAGCAGGGUAGGAGGCAGAGGAGACAUGGACCGGGCUUGGGAGUCUGAUGCUGGUAAUUGGCUCUGUUUGAGGGCGGUGUAGUGUGGAGGUUCAUUUUAUAUCCAGGUUUGGUCCAGUUAUUCCCCCACGAUGGGGACGUGAUGGGGCGGUUGUCUGAGCCUUACGUUUGCAGCGAGGCAGGGGGAAACGGAGCAGAGCGCGGGCCGGCGGUUCUGUACACGGCCCGGUGAACUCUCAUGCAACUCACAGGAUUUUCCAGGUUGAGUUUUUAUCACUGAUCGCUCCAGUGAGAUACCAGGCUGAUCACUGAUGGAGACCUACAGCAUCCAAAAUCCAACAGCCCAUUAGGUUUUCAUCCACAUUCCCUGUCUCUCCCUCUGCUCUGCCCGUGUCUGUCGUUUCUCCCGUUUCCUCGUGUCCUGUCCCCUCCUCUCGUUAUUUGGGUCAUUUGGAGUGGUACGCCUCCCCAGGACCCUUCCUUUGUUGUGAAUGAUGACGUCAGUCACUCUGCUGUGUGUGUGCUUGUGGGGAGGUAGACAACCUGUUCAGGCCUCAUGCAGUACACCUGGACAAGAGCUGAUAGACUGCUCAUGGCAACAUCUCACUGGCCUGUCCCAGUUGUAACCCAACCCUCACCCCCUCGGUCACAUUUGAACCUGGCUGCCCAAAGCUGGGCCCGUGUCAAAGCCUCAGAAGCGGAUGUGAGUGGUUUUUCCCUUCAGGGGUGCAGAGGAACACCACCUCUAAAAGCCCCCCCCCCAACAGUGGGACCAUGUAGCCGUUAGAACAACGUGCUGUUUGUUCGAGGCACAGUAACUGACCUUGAUAGAUUAGAGUUUUUUUUUUUUUUUUUACAGUGUGUGUCUGAGAGAGAGAAAUGAUAAGUGUGUGUGAAAUAGUUGUUCUUUUCACUGAAACAUGCCUUUGGAAUAGGGUAGGAGGGGACCGUCUGCUCUGAAGCCUGUACCACUCCAGCACUGGGUUGAAUGGACUGUCUUGACUUUUUCCCACACUCCUCCAUGGCCGUUUUACCAUAGCUAACCCUGCUGCUGAAUUAUUCACGUUAACAGGCCUGUAAAAAAGCAUGCCUAAGGUUAAUUUGAUACCAAAACCUGACAUUAUUUUUAAGGGCAGUAGUCCUUUUUCAGUUAGGCCACAAAGAACGGGGAGUGGAAGCAGAAAAAAAAACACGAAACUGAUAAAAAGCCUAGAUAAGGGUAUGACUGUGUUGUGUAGGAGUUGAUAUCAAUGUUAUCUAUCUCUCUUUUUCACUCUCCUAGGCCUUCUGUUGUUUUUUAGUCCUUAUCUCUCUCCACCAAAAUGCCAGGAACAUAAAGGGAGAAAGAAAGAAAUUACCGCACAGAUUAUUCAUGGGUAGGCUGAUAAAAUGUUGACAUAAAAAUUAAGAAGAAUAUAUGGAGCUAUUUGUGCCCCCCCCCAUUGAUUGUUUUUGAUAUUUCUUUUUUUGUGUGAAAGCUUGGUGGUGGGUGAGCUUAGUGGUUGUGCGAGGUGUGUCGAGACCUUGCUUAACCCCUUGGCCUGCUCUGUCUUUCUGCUCAGACCUAAGGCCCCCCUCCUUAUGAUCCACCCUGACGUGGAGAGCUGCUUGGCUUAGAUAAGGCCGACCUCAAUCUGACAAUAGAGAAGCAGGAACAGAGAGGACAGGCCUGUGUUGCCGUAGACGACAGUUUGCCGUGGAUGACAGCGGGUCUGGUUAUUGUUAGGCUUCGUCUGAGGAGUCGUCGUCGUCCUCCUCCUCCUGCUCUCAGUCCCGAUAAAGAGGGGAGGAUGUCCCUCUAACCCUGCCUCACUUCCUGAUCACUAAUUGCACCUGUCAUUAUAUAAUAGUUGCUCUUCUCAGCACUGUUUAUCUGCUUCUCACUAUCACCCGUGUUUCUUUAGUCUCUAACCAGUCGGCUGUGGUCUCUAAAUAGCUUCCGUUCUGGUGCUGAUACCUAAGAUCCAGGUGUGACGCAUCGAAAACCACCAAAUGAAUACAUGCAUUUCAGUGGAUAAACAAACCAGAGAGAAGGGUUUGUAGUAGUUGUGUCCAUUUCUCAAUCUUUGUCGUAAUGGCUUGGUGUUGGUUGCUUCAACGAAGUGGGAGCAGUCUUUGUGUUUCACACUUGACCCUGUUUUUGACCAUAGGUUAUUCGGUCCUCCAUCCCCCUGGGGGCAGGGUCAGGUUUCCUCUGCUCUUUGUGCCUCUGGUUUGUGUGUGUGUGUGUGUGUGUGUCAUUGCAGGCAGGUGAUGGAGGCUGAGUCUUGGGGCAGACAGGUUCUGUUUCAUGCCUAGUCAGGGCGGGGCUGGAUUUGCCCUCUGUCCCUGGUUCCUGAUGCAUGCUGAAGAUUAGCUACAAUGGACCAGGUUCUAUUGGUGACCUGGAAGGGGGCGAGGACAACACACCAGACGAUGUCAGCCUAUCGGGUGAUGAGGGCGGAGCCUCAGACCCAGAAGAUUCAGCAGAGUGUGACAGCUCCAGUUCACCACCAUAUACCCCUUUUUACACUGAAGAGCCAAGGACACACGACUCCCUUGGUGCCCCUGAUGAUGAAGAUGGCGAGCAGGAAGAGAAAGGCCGGACGAACACGGAGGAAGAAGAAGAGGCGGAGGAGGAGGAGAUGAAAGUGGAGAAGGAUGGUGCGCAUUGGAGGGGUCCAGAACAGGACAGACCGAGUGUCACUGAGCUGCAGAAUCGGACCGGGAAAACCCAGCAGACCGAUGACCUGGAGCUGACUGAUGAUGCUGAUGACCCCAAGGUCCUGGCGUGCAGGGACCUUCCCCCAGACACACUAUGGGGGCCAUAUACUGGGAUUGUCCAAUCAAAAGAGGCUGGAGAAGAACAGAGGACUCCACUGUCAAAGGGCUCCGUGUCCACUCUGACGUGUGAGGAUGCUGACUGCUGGCUCAGCAGAGUCCCGCUAACCUCCAACGCCACAGAUGCCAACUGCUCCAUCUACAGCCAAGGAGAGGAGCUGUAUUGUAAGGUGACCCGAGACAUUUCCGCUGGGGACAGUCUGCUGGCCGCUCUGUCUGUCCCCUCUACGAAGCAGCGCUCCCCCCCUCAGACCCAAGAUGUAGAGGUGAAGGAGGAGCCUACAGGUGUCUACCCAGCAGCCCUCCACUCUGAGAUACAGCUCCUCCCCCAGCAGGCUGGGAUGGCGGCCAUUUUGGCCACAGCAGUUGUGAACAAGGACAUCUUCCCGUGUAAGGACUGUGGGAUCUGGUACCGCAGUGAGAGGAACCUCCAGGCCCACCUCAUGUACUACUGUGCCAGCCGGCAGAAGCAGCCGGCCUCAUCCUCCCCUCCUGAGGACAAGCCCAAGGAGUCUUACCCCAACGAGCGCGUCUGCCCCUUCCCACAAUGCAACAAGAGCUGCCCCAGCGCCAGCUCCCUGGAGAUCCACAUGAGGACCCACAGUGGAGAGCGUCCCUUCGUGUGUCUGAUCUGCCUCUCGGCCUUCACCACCAAAGCCAACUGCGAGCGUCACCUGAAGGUACACACGGACACGCAGAACGGGGUGUGUCACGGCUGUGGCUUCGUCUCCACCACCAGGGACAUUCUGUACAGCCAUCUGGUUACCAGUCACAUGGUUUGUCAGCCCGGAUCCCGCAGUGAGGUGUAUUCCCCCGGGCCUGGGAUGCCCAAACUGCCCCUGUCCACAGGUCUAAGCCCAGGGGACUCCGGCGUCGUGUUGAAGUGCCAGUUAUGUGGCCACAUCACAGACUCCCCUGCCCAGCUCCAGCAGCACGUACGCACCCACCUGGAGGUCAGAGUCCCAGCCGAGAGGAGUCCCACUCCCCGCCAGAGCACCCCCUCCUCAGCUGACCCGCCGGAUCAACACGACCGGGAGCCCCCCGCCUGCGUACCCCACCCGGACUCCACCAGCCCUGGGGCCAACGGGAGCUCGGCUACACCACGAGACAGCUCACCGGCGGACCACCUCCCAGCCGACGUGAGGAUUAAAGAAGAGCCGCGCUCGGACUCUGAAAACGACGGGCUUGAGGAGGCGCUGGAGGAAAAAGAGCAGGUGAAGCGCCGGGAUCAUAGCCACGUACGGACGGGCCCUGGGUCCUCUCAGACUUCCACCUCCCCCAGAAGUCCCUCUGCUGUGACUGUGAAGGCGGAGCCAACAAGUCCAACCCCCGGCUCCAGCCCCGCCCACCCGGGGGGAAAUGGCUCAGUGCUGCCCGGAGGGAACGUGUUCCUGCCCCAGUACAUGUUCAGCCCAGAGGCAGCCAUCCUCCCCCAGGCUUCAGAGAUCCUGGCCAAGAUGUCGGAGAUGGUUCAUAGCCGACUGAAGCAGGGCCAGGUCGCCCCCGGGUCAGCACCGGCCUUCUACCCCGCAGGAACCGCCGGCGCUGUACACAAAGGAGCUACCUGCUUUGAGUGUGACAUCACGUUCAAUAACAUCAACAACUUCUACGUUCACAAGAGGCUGUACUGCUCCAGCAGGCACCAGCAGGGUGAUCAGGCAUCGGGGCCCGUGAAGGAGGGGACUUCGGGGGCGGCUGUGCCCUCUGUGGGCCACAGCUCGUCCCCCCCCGCUGGGUCAAGUAGCCGGGCUGCCUCGGCCUCCCCAAGUGACAUCGACCCUGUUCCAGGCAGCACCGCCACGGAGGGCCAGCUGGUGGAGGUAAAGAGUGAGAACCCCGGGGCGAAGGAGGCAGUGUCCUCGUCUUGCUCCGAGGGGGAGGGCGGCGGCGGAGGAGGAGGAGGAGGCCAGGCCAGCGAGGGCACCCCAAGCCCCAGCGGCUCGGCGGAGGACCAGGAGGACGACCCCACCAGGACCUUCUGUCAGGCCUGCAACAUUCACUUCAGCCGCCACGAGAACUACACUGUACACAAGCGCUUCUACUGCGCAUCGCGCCAUGACCCGUCCAACCAGCGGUCUAGCGCGGGCAAAGCCGCCUUCUUGCCUCAGCCCAUCCGCACGCGCAAGAGGAAGAAGAUGUACGAGAUCCACAUGGCCCGGACCGAAGCCCUGGCCAAUGCCGCGGCCGCCGCUCCGGUCCUGCGUCUCGCCGUGAAGCAGGAGGCCGUCGCCGCCACGGGAAGGGUACUGGAGGCCCCGCGUCCGGCCACCUCCCGCAGUGCCAGCCCCGACGGUGACGGGCCCAUCGACCUGAGCAAGAGGCCCCGCCUGAGAGAGACCCCGCGGGCGGGCAGCAUCCCGGCCCUGCCCCUCACUGACUACCACAAGUGCACCGCCUGCAGCAUCAGCUUCAACAGCAUUGAGAACUACCUGGCCCACAAGACCUACUACUGCCCGGCCACCACUCUGCAGCCCCACACCCUGGAGACCCUCCACCGGCUGAAGAGGCCGGCCUCCGCCUCCCCCAAGAGCAGGGCCCUGGAGCGGCCGGAUCUCCUCCUCGAGGCCAAAGGCCCGCCAACGGAGAAGGCCACUCCGGGGGACUCGCCCAGCCCGCACCCCUCCUCCUUACCCGGCUCGGAGGCCACGUCGCCUCACAGCGGCCCCGCGCCCAAAUGUCCGGGCUCUCCCGUGGUGGUCUGUCCCUAUUGCCCUCCAAACAUGGCGGUGACCUGUGACUUGGUGGAGCACUUCAGGGCCACGCACGGCCUGGUCCUAAGCCUGGAGGGCCAGCCGGCGGUGGUCAGCCCCAGCCUGAGCCCCAGAGACGGGACCCCUUCCACCCCGACCAAGAUGUCUCUCCGAACCCGCAGGGAAAGCCUCAACGGCCGGGUCAGAAGGGACACUGUCUCCCCGUCCUCUCCCCUGGUAAACGGUAGCUCUCUGGGGCCCCAUGCCGGAGGCGGCGUCUCCCCGAAGGCGGCCCCGCCUGCAGUGUCUCCCUCCAGGUCCCUCCCCAUGACUGUGUCACCUGUGCCUGAGGUCCUGAGGGAGGUGGGGGUUCUAAACCACCAGGCUGCUGUCACUCUGCUCCCAGACAAGACCGCCCUCACCCGGGGUCUGCCUAUCGCCAUCCCGGCCCCUCCCACACCCAAGACCCCCCUAGUCUCUACUGUUCAGAACGGCAACAGCCGCUUCUGCAGGCUGUGUAAUAUCAAAUUCAGCAGCCUGUCAACGUUCAUAGCCCACAAAAAGUACUACUGUUCCUCCCACAGCGCUGAGCACGUCAAGUGAUCUCUCCUGGCCCUCCACAGUGUCCCCUGAGGGCCCCAGGCCCAGCCCCGGCCCCGGCCCUGGACUGUCUGUGUAUGAAUUGUGACUGUUACUUGCCAGGCAACGGGUUGCUGCUCGGACCCUGAUGCUCCCGGUAUUGUUACUAUGGUAACUUGUUUUUCCUUAUGGGUCAAAGUUCAUAUUACACUAAGAGCUGAGAUGUGCUACCUGCACACACAGUUGUGCUCCCGUCCGCGACACGUCGACAUAUCUCCCUGCUUUGUUCCACGCCUUUCACCUCCGGGGUUCACAGAAUGUUGAACAGGUGACUUUUAGAUCCGACAUUUUAAUCUCACGAGCGACAUUCAUUGAAUUAUUCAUAUUGCAGUUCUCUUGAUUUGAUUCUGAUUGUUCGAUACUUUUUCUUGCUCACGACAAAACUCUCCUGAGCUGACGAGGCCCUUACGUCUGUCCGUGGGUUGUCCCUCAAUGCCCUCUAGUGGUGAAUAUCGUCACCGUUUUAUUUCUAUCUGUGAAUAGUGUAUGAUGUUUUGAAAUGAUUCUAUUUGCUUUUGUUUGAACACUGGCUCUUUAGCUAACUAAAAAGCUAAAGCAUUUUUGUCUGACUUACAUAAAUGUGGGUAUCACAUGGUUACCAAUUACAACAAAAAUAUUUACAAAUGGACAGGUUUGUUUUUCCUAAACCACAAUUUUAUUUUCUCUUAUUGCGAAAUGUGAAAUAUUUAUCUUUGAGUCCUCACUGAUUUCAUGUCAACGGAAAACUACCUAGUGUCUAAUAUUUUUUGUAUUUUUUAUUUGUAUAUUUUUCAUACUGUUCGAAAGGAACUGCUUCAAUCUUGGUGUGUAAUGGUGUUUUUGUAAGUGUAGAUAUGUAAUAUCUUUCACAGUAAUCACUGGGAGGACACUGAACCUUAUUCUUUUUGUCAGCAUUUCUUUCGUCUGUCCUUUAUUCAUCUGUGAAUUUAGGAAAUGACACAGAGUUUUCUAUAUCCUAUAUUGCCAGAUAAAUUAUUGGAAUUAGUUGGUGGUGCUUGUGACUGGCCCUGAGUGCCGGGAUGAAGAGAAUUUCCCUGACCUGACCGUUACCCCCCCCCCCCCCACAUACUAAACCCCUACAGUGUCAACAUACUAAACCGCUACUCUGUGGCUGCUGGUACACCACCAUCAGACAGUUUUAAAUUAGUCAUGUGAUCCGUUCGAAUCUAUGUAGAUUAUUUAACACCUUUUUGAGAGUGUGCGCUCGUUCAAUGUGGGUUUUCCGGUAAUGAAGGAAAAAAAUAAGGAAAACUAAAUGUUGAAGGCAAAACAGAUAUUGGUAGGGACAUCAGACAAAUUUCACAGAUCGUAGAGAGACACACGUGUUGGGUAACUAAAACACAUACAUCCCUGUUUGCAGAGGGGUGUUAAAUAAACCUGCGAGAUGCAAUCUUUCCUCAGUCAGAACUGGCAGCACUGGCACAGCCUUACCAUGGAGUUGAGUUAGCUUGUUAUGUGCUCCACUAUCCUUACCUCUCAUGAUGAUCUGAAUGGAUCUGUAUGUUACUUCUGGUGGUCCCUUCCUUGUGUUACACAGGCAGAUGUUUCUCUGCUCGAAAAACUGGAAAACAAAAUGGUGGGGAAAAGCCAAGUAAAUUUGCUCUGUUGUGGUUUUGAAGAGUGCUGUAUCAGUCAUAUCUUACUCAAGAGUGUUUACAAUUUAACUGCUUUCUCUUUUCUAGCAGAGAUGAGCAUUUUCAACAAGUCACAAAUGGAGGAAUGCAGUGCUGAGAAACAUUUUAAAUGUCCCCUUUAUAUUGCACUGUGUUGUACAAAUGUGCUGAAUGUUUUAGUUUUAGAAGCUUUUUUUGUACUGUAUUUAUGUUUUUACAGCACUUUUCCUUGUCCAAACCCAUCCCUUGAAGGACAUGCUGAUCAAUUUCAACCUUUUCACAUGAAUUAAAGUUAAUUGAAAACAUUUAGUGAAUGAUUCCAAAUGUCAAUAAUGGAAAAGUAAUAAUGAAUGUCAGAUCUUUUAUUUUAUUUUUUAAUCUCAAGUUCCACUACACACUUGUCCAAACUAUGCAUGGGAAAUAAACGUCCUGAGAGACAUUGAAGUGUCAAA